CUGAAGUGCAAUGCUAUCCCAAGACAACCCGCGCAUUGAUCUGCUGUGCGGUUUUUUUGUCAGGGGGUAAAUGUAAUCACGUGUUUCCUAGUCGACCAAUCGCAGCUGGAGAAGCUUUCAGAAAUAAUUACCUGGCUUGAUUGUUCUAUGGGCAGAUAAAAAAGUACACAUACACUCCAUAUAAUAAUCGGAUGCAUGUAAAAGAGACGGCAGCAUCGCCAUGUCGACUACGGGUCCCAUAAGUAACUACUAUGUGGAUUCCUUGAUCAACCACGAGAGCGAGGAUGUGCUGGCGACUCGUUUUCCCACCGCUGCUCCGAUCUCCUCCGGUUCACGCCCGACGCCGCUGGUACCGGAGUGCGUGGAUUAUCCGUCCUGCAGCUUUGCCCCGAAACCCCCCGUUUUCACUACCUCUUGGGCCCCUGGUCACUCGCAGUCGUCAGUGGUCUACCACCCGUACACUCACCAGCCUCACUUAGGAACAGACUCAAGGUACGUGCGCUCAUGGCUAGAGCCUCUCCCUGGUACCGUGUCCUUUCCAGGCUACCCCGCUAACGGUAGGCACUAUGGGCUGAAGCCUGACGCCUUCCAGGACCCCCGAACUGGAGACUGCUUGGCUUCAAACGGACGCACCUAUUCGGAUUAUCUCUACUGCUCCGCCGUCGAAAUCAGAGAAAAGCAGCAGAAUGCACCUUCGCCUGAGUCAGAGAUCCCGUCUUCCGGGAAGCACAAAGACGAGAAAGCUGAAUUAGACCCCAACAAUCCCGUGGCCAACUGGAUCCACGCGCGCUCCACAAGAAAGAAGCGGUGCCCUUAUACAAAAUACCAAACCCUGGAACUCGAAAAAGAGUUUUUAUUCAAUAUGUAUCUGACCAGAGACCGGCGGUACGAGGUGGCCAGAGUGCUGAAUCUAACGGAGCGACAGGUCAAAAUUUGGUUCCAGAACCGACGGAUGAAGAUGAAGAAAAUGAACAAGGAGAAGAGCGACAGCAAGGAAUAAUCGACCAACACUUGUUUUGCUGAAAAGAGACUGAACAUUUCAGAAGGCUGUCCUCGAAAGUCUUAACAGGAAUAUUGAGAAUAGACUAAAGACACCGACAGUCCUCCUUAUAUGGUUUAAUUCUAAUUCUAAUUUCUGGUAACUGUAAUUUUACCAACAUAUGUUCAUAUUAACACCAUGUUCAAUUGCACAUCUAGGCCUGUUUGGAUUUAGAUUACGUUUCGUUACUUCCAGAGCGAAAGCGAGGACUUUCUAGCCCGUAGAGAAGCUGCCCCGAAGUGUAAGCAAGAAAAUACUUGAACUACUCUAUUUUCAACUUCGUAAUUUAUGAUUUUCACGUGAAUGUUUUCUCGGAUGUGUGUUUUGUUUGUUUGUAACAGGUGUAAAACUCCAAUAUUUUGUAAGGAAGGACACUUACCUAGUUUAAAAAGUUCAUGUUUGCGUCGAUGUGAUAUCCUUGUUGUUUUUAAAUGUAUCUGUUUGUGCAUUUUACAUUCUUUCAAUUGCAAAGUAUAGUCUUCAUUAUCGAUUGUAGAUCGGCUAAAAUAUAUAUGACCACCUCCUUAAUAUUAA